AUGCAAAAGAUUUCAAAAAAGAGAGCUUGCGAUAGAUGUCACUUUGGAAAAAGGCUGUGCAAGGGAGGAUUACCUUGUUGGAGUUGCAAAAAACUGAACACAGAGUGUACUUUUAAGCGUCCAAUUAAUAAAAAUGGAAGACCAAGAACUAGAGUUGGUAAAAAGGAGAUUGAAUCUUCCCAGAAACAGAAGUAUAGUCAUAAUGGCUGUGUCAAUUGCAAGCUAAGAAAAAAGAAAUGCGAUGAAAACUGGCCCAUUUGUGGAAGUUGUCAUAGGCAGAAUGUAACUUGUUCAGGGGAUAUAUCAGAAGGUAAUAACAACCUUCGAGAGGUGGCCGAAAAUCGUACUUCACUCCAUAAUUCACUUGAAUUACCGUUGGAUAUAUCAGAAAAUUGCCACAGCUCUAAAGAGAAACGUAUUCUGGAUGAAUUACUCUUUGUUUCAGAUGCUUUAAUUGAAAAUAGCUAUUCUCGAAAAAGGGAUGUUGGAAAAAUUUGUACCGAAAUGGAUUCGUUUUUUCGUUCAGAAGCUCUUUUACCAUUUAAUGGAAGAGAAAAAUUCCUUCUUAACUCUUUGGUUGGUUACGAAUCAAAAGAUGUGACUGGAGCAUCUGAAAAGUUUGAAGAACUCAAUAAAUUAAGAAGCAAAACCAAUGAGAUUCAACAAAGUAGUGACUCAGGAAUCCCUGUUGGGAAGUCUUCAGGCAAGAGUAAGGCAUUUGAAUUCAAAAGAAAUGAUUUAUUAACUAUUGUACAGCUAGCGAGCUGUGAGGUUCCAAAGAAAGAGAUGGACCUAUUGAUGUACUUCAUAUCAGACGUUUCAUGUCUUCUUUUCGUAGAUAAAACGUCAACAAAGUUUUUGAGUACAAUUAUUCCAUUGUGUAUUCAAGAUGAGCAAGUUCGCUAUCCUGUCAUUAGCAUCUCUGCAUCGCAUAGAGCCAAUACGAUAGAAACGGUUCCCCAAUAUCACAGGGAUGCCGCAUUAUAUAGAGCGAAGUCCCAAGGACAGCUAACAAAAGCAGGAAUGGUUGGGAUUAAUAUGGAGAAGCUUCUUUUAAGUGUCCUUUUAAUCGCUGUUCAAGAAGUCCUAGAGGGGACUUCUCUUCUCUGGAGCAUUGCUUUAGAAAGGGCUGCUGAGAUAAUUCAUCAAGAAGGUGGCUUGAAAGAAGUCUGCGAAGCUUCUCCAAUCGCAGUCCAGCUAUUUUGCUACUUGGAUUUGAUAUCAUCUCUUAGCACAUGCUCAACCCCAUAUUUGGAACGAACUUCUUCACUGGAGCGACCGUUUCUGUAUGAUGAAGUUGACGAAACUUAUAUCGAAGACAUUUUGAAUUGUAAAUUUGGAUUUAAAUUUGGUAUCGGUGGUCAGCUUUUCAAAAUUAUUGGCAAUAUUUCAACAUUGGCUAGUUUAAGAUUCUCAAGACACAAGAGUAAAAUUUAUGAGGAACAGUUCAAUUCACUCGCAACUAUCAUAGAAUUGAAAUUGCAAGAAUGGUCGCCUCCUAUUGGAGAUAUAAUAGAUAGAUAUCAAAUCAAUGGUUCAGAGGACAAUGGAAAAUUGCAACUUUCCUCAUAUACGGUGGCCUUACAAUGGUCAUCAUUCUUGAGAUUAUAUCAAGUGCAAUAUGGUUAUAAUAGAAAAGAUCCUAGAGUAGAGGCUUGUCUCAGCAUAAUUUUACGCUCUGUAAAAGUAAUUGAUGUUUUUUCAGACCUAGAAACUAGUCUCAUGUUUCCGUUAGUAAUGGCAGGAUCCGUUGCUUAUAAUGAUGACGAUAGGUCGUAUGUAUUACUGAGAAUUAGGUCAAUAAGAGAGAGGUUAAAAUUUAACUAUAUUCAAGAGUUUGAAAAAUUAUUAACUACUAUAUGGAGUAAAGACAACGAGGAAGGUGAUAUGGUCAAUUGGGCAUCAAUCAGAUUUUUUCGUUUUCUGGGUUUGGUGAUGUUCUAG